CAAACCAAAGAGACAGAUACAGAUACAAAUACUGACACCGCUUCAUACAAAAAUUACAACUCCUCAUGAGACUUGUUGUUGUUCUCUUCUUCUUUUUGCAUUUGUAUUCUGUUUCUGUUUGUGCACUGAACUCAGAUGGGGUAGCACUCUUGUCAUUCAUGUCCCACUGGACAUCAGUUCCUCCUUCCAUAAACUCAACAUGGAUUCCAUCUCAUUCAACACCAUGCUCAUGGAAGGGUGUCAAAUGCAACCCUUCCACUCACCGUGUAGUCUCUCUCAACCUUUCCUCUUGUAACAUUCAUGCUCCAUUACGACCUGAAAUUUCUAAUUGCACACACCUCAACUACUUAGACCUUUCUUCUAAUUACUUUACCGGUCAAAUACCUCACUCAUUCUCUAACCUCCACAAACUCACCUAUCUCAGCCUUUCUACUAAUCUACUCACUGGUCCAUUUCCCUAUUUCUUAACUCAAAUCCCUCACCUUCACUUUCUUGAUCUCUAUUUCAACCAACUUACUGGUUCCAUUCCAACUACUAUUGCCAACAUCACUCAACUUCGCUACUUGUAUCUCGAUACUAACCAAUUCUCUGGUAUAAUUCCAUCAUCCAUUGGGAACUGUACUCAACUGCAAGACUUGUAUUUCAAUGAAAAUCAGUUUCAGGGUGUCAUCCCCCACACUCUAAACCAUCUCAAUCAUCUUCUCCGUUUAAAUGUUGCCUCCAAUAAACUAACAGGUAUCAUUCCAUUCGGUUCUUCAGCUUGCCAAAAUUUACUUUUUUUGGAUAUUUCAUUCAAUGCUUUCAGUGGAGGCAUUCCCUCAGCCAUUGGGAAUUGUACUGCUUUAUCACAGUUUGCUGCUGUGGAGUCUAACUUGGUUGGAACUAUUCCAUCCUCCAUCGGUCUGCUCACCAACCUUAAACAUCUACGCCUUUCUGAUAACCAUUUGUCCGGUAAAAUACCUCCUGAAAUCGGUAACUGUAAGUCUCUGAAUGGAUUGCAAUUGUAUUCCAAUCGACUUGAGGGAAACAUUCCAAGUGAAUUAGGAAAGCUGAGUAAACUGCAGGAUCUUGAACUGUUUUCCAAUCAAUUGAGUGGUCAAAUUCCACUUGCCAUAUGGAAGAUUCAAAGUCUUGAGUAUCUGCUUGUUUAUAAUAACACUCUUUCCGGGGAACUUCCUGUGGAGAUGACAGAGCUCAAGAACCUCAAAAACAUCUCAUUGUUUGACAACCUGUUCUCUGGAGUCAUACCUCAAAGCUUGGGAAUCAAUAGCAGUUUGUUGCAAUUAGACUUUAUAAAUAAUAGGUUCACUGGCAACCUCCCACCCAAUCUUUGUUUUCGCAGAAAGCUAAGCGUUUUGAAUAUGGGCAUCAAUCAACUUCAAGGUAGCAUACCUCUUGAUGUUGGAAGAUGCACAACUCUAAGAAGGGUCAUUCUUAAACAAAACAACUUUACUGGGCCUCUUCCUGAUUUCAAAACCAAUCCCAAUCUGUUAUUCAUGGAGAUCAGCAACAACAAAAUCAACGGAACAAUUCCAUCAAGUUUAGGAAACUGCACAAAUCUAACAGAUUUAAUUUUGUCAACGAACAAAUUUAGUGGGCUUAUACCACAAGAGUUAGGAAACCUUGUGAAUCUUCGGACUUUGAUUCUUGAUCACAACAACUUAGAAGGACCUUUGCCAUUUCAGCUGUCAAAUUGUACUAAAAUGGACAAGUUUGAUGUGGGAUUUAACUUCUUAAAUGGUUCAUUGCCAUCAAGUUUGCAGAGGUGGACAAGGCUAAACACAUUAAUUUUGACUGAGAAUCAUUUUAGUGGCGGCAUUCCAGAUUUCUUGUCGGCAUUCAAAGAUCUUUCUGAACUACGGCUUGGUGGCAAUAUGUUUGGUGGGAGAAUUCCUAGAUCGGUUGGGGCAUUGCAGAAUUUGAUCUAUGGUUUGAAUCUAAGUUCUAAUGGGCUGAUAGGCGACAUUCCUGUGGAAAUUGGAAAACUGAAAACUUUGCAAUUGCUGGAUCUAUCUCAGAACAAUUUGACAGGAAGCAUACAGGUUCUUGAUGACUUCCCUUCAUUGGUUGAAAUCAAUAUGUCAUACAAUUCUUUUCAGGGUCCUGUUCCGAAGAUACUAAUGAAGCUGCUCAAUUCUUCCCUGUCAUCAUUUUUGGGGAAUCCUGGGCUAUGUAUCAGUUGUUCACCAUCCAAUGGCUUGGUUUGCUCCAAAAUCGGAUAUCUAAAACCAUGUGAUAACAAAACAGUUAAUCACAAAGGCCUCAGUAAAAUUUCAAUUGUGAUGAUAGCUCUAGGAUCCUCAAUAUCUGUUGUUUUGCUUCUUCUGGGAUUAGUUUAUUUCUUUUCUUAUGGCAGAAAAUCUAAGAAGCAAGUCCAUUUCACUGAUAAUGGAGGUACUUCUCACCUUCUUAACAAAGUCAUGGAGGCUACAUCGAACCUAAGUGAUCGGUAUAUUAUUGGAAGAGGAGCCCAUGGAGUUGUUUAUAAAGCCCUUGUAAGUCAAGACAAAGCGUUUGCUGUAAAGAAGCUGGCAUUUGCUGCCAGCAAAGGUAAGAACAUGAGCAUGGUCAGAGAAAUUCAAACCCUUGGACAGAUUAGGCAUAGAAAUCUUGUCAAAUUGGAAAACUUUUGGUUGAGACAAGAUUAUGGUCUUAUUCUGUAUAGCUACAUGCCAAAUGGAAGCCUUUAUGAUGUAUUGCAUGAAAACAAACCAGCACCGUCCUUAGAAUGGAAUGUACGAUAUAAGAUAGCCGUUGGAAUUGCGCACGGCUUAGCAUACCUCCAUUAUGACUGUGAUCCUCCCAUAGUGCACCGAGACAUCAAACCAAACAACAUACUUCUAGACUCUGAUAUGGAGCCUCACAUUGCCGACUUUGGUAUUGCCAAACUUCUGGACCAGUCUUCUACAUCAAACCCUUCCUUAUCUGUGCCGGGCACAAUUGGUUAUAUUGCACCAGAGAAUGCUUAUACAACAGUAAGUAGUAGGGAGUGUGAUGUGUACAGCUAUGGAGUAGUUUUGCUUGAGCUGAUAACCAGAAAGAAGGUAGCAGAUCCAUCAUUUAUGGAGGGUACUGAUUUAGUAGGUUGGGUUAGAUUGAUGUGGAGUGAAACAGGAGAAAUUAAUCAAAUUGUUGAUUCAAGCCUUGUAAAUGAAUUUCUGGAUACCAAUAUAAUGGAAAAUGUUACCAAAGUGCUUAUGCUGGCUUUGAGAUGUACUGAGAAGGAUCCACGCAAGAGGCCAACAAUGACAGAUGUUACCAAGCAAUUAUCAGAUUCCAAUCCACAGAAAAUAAGUAAGAAGGGCUAGUUUUUCAAAACAUAUCUAAUUUGUAUCUAUGAUCAUGAUAUUGAUAGGGAUAGUCCUUUUGUUGUAUGCACUGUGCUUCAAAUUUUGUUGGGUGGCCCUUUAUCUGGUGAAUACUAUCAUAAUACUAGCUCUUGUUGAAACAAUGUUAUGAUCUUGAGUUGAGAUAACCUUUAUUUAUUAAA